ACACGUCCGUGAGGCGCCAUCUUUAGAAAACACUGAGCUCACCACUGAAUGAAACAACUUCGUUUCCGUCGUUUGUGAGCGCUGCUAAGUGCACGGAGUGAUACCCUCGGUUCUGCAGGUGUUUGAUCAGAUCAUGGGGAUCAAGGUUCAGCGUCCUCGCUGCUUCCUUGACAUCGGAAUCAGUAAUGUGCUUGUCGGCAGAGUUGUGGUGGAGUUGUUUGCAGACAUCUGUCCCAAAACAUGUGAAAACUUCAGGUGCCUCUGCACAGGUGAGAAAGGCAUCGGAAAGGGCACUCAGAAACCCCUCCACUACAAAGGAUGCCUCUUCCAUCGAAUUGUUAAAGACUUCAUGAUUCAAGGAGGAGACUUCAGUGAAGGUAACGGAAGAGGAGGCGAAUCCAUCUAUGGAGGCUUUUUUGAAGAUGAGAGCUUCGCUGUUAAACACAACAAGGAGUACCUGCUGUCUAUGGCCAAUCGGGGCAAGGAUACAAACGGGUCGCAGUUUUUCAUAACAACAAAACCUUCUCCACAUCUCGACGGUGUCCAUGUGGUUUUUGGUCACGUGAUCUCCGGCCAAGAAGUAGUUCAAACCAUGGAGAACCAGAAAACGGAUCCUAAUAGCCGACCCUACGCCGAGGUGAAAGUUUUGAACUGUGGCGAACUCGUGCCAAAAUCUAAAGCGAAGAAAGGUGACAAAAAGAAAGAGCGAGCCUCGUCCAGCUCCAGCAGUAGCUCCAGCGACUCCGAGAGCUCCUCCAAGUCGUCCUCUGACUCUGAAGAGUCCGAAAAAGAAUCCAAGAAGCAGAAGAAGAAGGCGAAAAAGCUAAAAAAGAAACAGACGAAGAAGGAUAAGAAAAAGUCAGAAGCUGAAAGUGCUGAAGAGAAAGAACAAGAAGAGUUGGUAACAUCCACUGUACGUCCUGAGGAAAUUCCACCCAUCCCUGAGAACCGAUUCCUCAUGAGGAGAAGUCCUCAAGCUGCCCAGAAGCCAAAAGAAGAGGUUGAAAAGGAUCAGAGGAAUAAAGACGAUCGACCAAGAGAGAGUGCUGGAGCCGCAUAUAAUUCUCAGACAACAUUUCACAGGAGACUAGUGAUGACUCGAUCCGGCAGGAAAAUAAAAGGCAGGGGUCCGAGGAGAUACCGGACUCCGUCACGGUCUCGUUCGAGGUCCAGAGAUUGUUUUCGACGCAGUGAAACUCCUCCACACUGGCGUCAAGAGAUGCAGCGUCAGAGGAUGAGAGCAGUCAAAGGAGAGCGCUGGAUCAAAGGCGACAAAAGUGAGAUGAACGAGGAUAAAGAUGAAGCCCCAAGAAGAGAGAGACGCGCAUCCAACACUAAACACGAACACACACCCGACGGUAAAAAAGACAAGAAGAGUCGCUCCCACAGAUCUAAAAGCAAAGAAGAGAACGCUGGCGAAAAAGAUGAGAAGCAGAGCAAACACAAGGCAAAGAAAAGGGACAAAUCUCACAGCCGCAGCAAAAGCCGAGAGAAGAAGCGGUCCAAGAGCAGGGACAAGGGACACAAGCACAAAAGCGAUGACAGAAGAGGUCGGUCCAGGAGCAAAGACAGAAAUGCUAAUAAGAAAGAGAAGGAGCCAGAACCUGAUCACAGUAAAGACAAGAUUAAGGCCCAGGAAUCUGACAAAAAACAAAAAGAAGAAACGAAAGGAAGGAACGGCGAAAGAACUAGGACGAAGUCACAGAGCAAGGAAAGGGCGGCGUCAAAAGACGAGCGCAGGUCAAGCAGCAGAACCAGGGACAGGGGGAAGGAUAAAGAUGAGAAAAAGGACAGGGAGAGAGGCAGAGAUCGCAGCAGGAGUCAGGAAAGACGACAAAACAGCGAGAGGGAGAAUAGGAGGCGAGGAUCGUCCAGGGACAGAGAACGCCGGACGAGAAGUCCAGACAGAAACAAGACUAGAGACUCCCACAGGGGCAGGCGGUCACGAAGUAAGAGCAGCAGGAGAGACCACAGCAGGGACCGGUCUUCCCACAGGAGAGACAGGGACAGAGACCGAGACGCUGGCAGCCAAAGGAGAAGACGUAGCACCAGUUCCGACAGCGACAGGGGAGAAAAGAGGAAGAGUCAAAGAAGUCCAGAUUCCAAAAGAAGAGCUAAGAGCGCUUCCAAAGACAGAAGGAGCCCGGCCCGACCCAGACCAGAUAGUACGAAGGGUAAAGAGAGGAAUCGCUCCAGCUCCAGCUCCAGCUCCGACAGCGACUGAGCCUUCGCCACGUCCUGGUUUCAUCGUACACGCGGCUCCGGCCUUCCUCAUUCUCAACAACAACACAGUUCUGCCAAAGCUAACAUGACACGCAAAAAAAAAAAAAACUAAUUUCAGAACUAAUUUACUACAGAUGGGAGUGGACUUUUUGGGAUUUCAUUGAAAAGAAUAACUAGAUGUACAAAAGUAAUCCCCUGACACCAUCAGUUCCCCAAGACCGACUUAAGUAGUGUGUUAUUAUUGUUAUUAUUAUAUAGGUUUACUGGGUUUAUCUGGUCUCUGCAUGUACAGGUGUGUCUUUCUAUUUUACCGAGACCAUGGUUGAGAUCAGAAUGACCACAGACGACAUAGUGAAGCUAAAAUGGAGCAAUGUGGAAGGAUUAUAUGUGUUUUAUAGCACAACCGCAGUGAAACGAUAAGAAAAUUAGUUUUUCUGAUUUACUGUUUGCUAACGCCGCUCCCGUUACAAACGUUCUCGUCAUGUUAGCUUUAGCUGAACUGUGAAUGGAGACUGGAUGAAGUGCAUAACACAGUCGAUGUGUAGCUGAGGCUGCGUUUAGAGAAAAGGACUUUUAAUUGUUCGCGGUCAUACGAGGCCAGAUUGGGUACAUUUCUUUUUUUUUCAUUUUCCGAUCAUUUGGUUAAUUAUGUUUUGGCUUCACAAAAUCUCUGAUUUCACUUAAUUUGUUUUUAAAAAAAGAAAAAGGAAAAAAAAAAGAUUGUGCCGUCAUCCCCACUCAUCAGCGAGUUGUUCUCGGGAAGAGAAAGCUCGUAACGUCUUGCAUGCCUGUUUCCGUCAUUGUUUGAAUAAGUACGAGUACACCCAUGACUUCUCUUUUUACAUCCACAAACCUUUACUGUAAUCCAGUUUAACCUGUUCUCUUUUACUUUUUUUUUUUUUCUCUGAAAGUCGAGAUGUCAGUGUCAGGCCGUAACUACGACAUAAAAGCGGUUUGUAUGAAUUGUUUUGUGAACGUUGAUCUUAAGAACUCAACUGGAGUGGAGUGAAUAAAAAGUCACAAAAAGUCAAAAAAAA